ACCACACCGCGACAAUCACGCACAACAACCCCCAAGCUUUAGUGCGCCAUGCUCAGCUAGUAUACUGGACCACAAUAACUGUUCCUAUCCCGCCUGAUACGUUGCAAAACGCGUCUUUCCUGGAUUUCACACGCCCGCAGGAAACGACGCGAUGGCCGCCGCUCGAAGCAGAGUCCCUGCCAUAGGGUCUGCACGCUGGGUCCUCGAUGAGAGGAAGCAGGCCGAUGACUUGGUCGCACAGGAGGUCGAGGACUUUGGCUUCUCGGUGCGCAAUGAGCUUGAAUGGCUCAAUGAGCACAUGGCCGAGAUAUUUGCACAAAAUGGACAGAACAAACUGGACGUCUUCAAGACACCCGGAAAACUACGCGGAAAGACACCGCGAACCGCGCGCAAGCAGGCUGUAGAGACGCGCCAGCCUCUAGGAAACAUUGUUAGUGGCAAUGCACAGCGCCGCGCCAGUGCGGCCGAACAGAGCCUCAAGGGCCACCUCAACAAAGGCCCAAUCAAAUCGCGCUUCAACAUCGCAGAAGAUGCUGAGAACGUCAUACCGGCACGAUCGCCAGCGAAGUCGCCCGCUGUUUCACUAUUUGCGACCCUAAUCAACAAAGACAAGGAGAACCGAGGCAGUUAUGGAUAUCGCAGCCAGCACACAUCCCCCGAGCGGCGACCCGCGACGGCGCAUUCUACCGCCACAUCGCAGUAUAGCCAAGUAGCAUCGACACAGGGCACCGCCCCUUCUCAAGACGAUGAUGUGUUUUCUCCACCACAAACACAGUCUACACAGCCCACGCAAGCGACACAGUCCUUUGGACAGUCUUUCGCACCGUCGACACAGGCUUGUGAGGAAGAACGACGUGAUACCGGCGACUCGUUCGUAUCAGCCAAGGAAGCCUUUGGCAGCAACAGCAACAGCAAGAGCGCUUCUAACGAAGACUUGCGCGCGAGGUACGAGGGGCACGACGCGAUGGAGGUCGACGAGACCAGGCUGGAUGAGCCAGAGUCCGACGCUCGGGGUGCUGUUUUUCGCCACGAUCAGAGUUCAGAUGCCGAUGAUAUGGCAAUCGACGACAUACCUGCGUUCCCAGAGCCACCAAGACGUGUCUCAGAGUCAUAUAGCAUUUCCGCUGACACACACGCCGCGCUUCCUACUGCGAAUCAGCACAUAGACGUGCCGGAACCGAGAACACUCAUGCCACCGGCCGAGAUUUUCACUACUUCAGAACGCGCCGAAAUCGAGGAAGUACAGCACGAUGAUACGGUUGUCCACCACGAGGUCGAAGAUAACAUGGAAAUUGAUGACGAUGUUCGAUCGCCUUCCGACUCGUCCAGUCCCGUGAAGCCACUCGUCCGCAAGAGCAGUCUCACGUUUGCAUCCUUGCCAGCACGCGAGCCAUUGCUUGCAAAGAAAAGCAUGGGCAAUCGAACAUCUCGAACCAGCCAUGUUGACCUGAACAAGGCACGGAGCAGCAACUUGGGUCGAUUCACCGGCGGCAAAAGCCUUGGUGGCUCUCAAUUACCGGCUCCAGAACCUCAGCAAGAUGCAAUGGAUGUGGACGAGGAGCGAGCAGAGCUGCCACGUGAGGAACUGGAAGCGACCAAGCUUCACAACAAAACGUCAUCUCAGCGCCUUCUUGAGCGCAUCAACAUGCUCAAGCAGCAAAAUGAGGCACCGAAGCGAAUCAGCCAGAAUAUCCUGGCGUCACAGAUGAGUCAAGCAACGAGCUUCUCUACAUCACAAUUGAAGGAAUCGUCGCAACAGUCGCAACCCCCGCAGUCGGCGCAGCCAGUACCCCUAUCACAGCCAGCGUAUCCUAGCCUUCCUCCUGCAGAUCUAGAGCACAGUGAAGACGAUGAUGACUGGAUCUCGCCUAUCCGGACUGCUGCCCCGGCACAGAGCCCUAAGCGCCCUCCUUUCAGCAAGAGCCACUCCGAGCAAGCCCGGCCAUCUCCUUCUAAGACCAAGCCCAAGCCAAUCUGCGUCUCUAACCCUGAUCUUCCGGCAGUCGUGGAGUCAACCACCCCGACAGGCUCCCCGACUGGUAAGAAAUACAUGGAUGGCCCUCUCAGCGCGUCCAAGGCUAAGUUCUAUUCAGCUCUCCGUGCCGCCAAAGAAAAGAUCAUUGGUUCAAGCGCCACCAGUGCGCAGGUCAAACUCGAUGCACUUGCUCAAAGCCCUGUGCGCCCCACAAUCAAGGAUCAGCAGUCCAGUGAUGAUGUUUUCCGCAGCCCACAGCGCACUGAGAAAGCUGGCACAUCCAUUUUCUCACACUUACGGUCCCCCUCUAAAGAGUCUCUGAAAUCUAGCAAGUCGAAGGCAGCCUCCGCGACGUCUAGCAGCCCUGCGAAGGAGGAUGGCCGACGAACUCGCAGCUCUACUGAACGAGAGAAGCAGAAGGAAAAAGACAUCCGGGAGAAGCAGCGUCUUGACGAUAGACUUAAAGAAAUGCGUUCGAAAGAACAACUCAAAGCUGCUGCGCAUCACCAGAAGACCAAGGCUACGACCACGAAGACGCCAUCAGCAAUGACCUCGCAACAAAGCCUAAGACAGGUCCCUGCGGCUACCACAAAGACGCCAGUCGCAAUUGCCCAGGCUUUGCAAUCUCGUCCUCAGCCAGCUCGGGCAAACACUGCUUCUUCUAACGAGACCGACUCGGCAGAUGAGAUGCCGCCGCCGCCGCCUCCGAAGAGCUUUCUUCCAACGACUGGAACAAAGCUCAGAGAGCCGCGCAAGCCUGAACCAAAGAAGCUUGUCAAGCCCAACAGCAAGGAGACGCUUCCCAAGGCUAAGCCCCAGAAGAUUAUGGUUUCUCUGCACAACAGUCGUUACGGCCAGGCUCCGCCUACUGCAUCCAAGCACGCCGCUUCAGUCCCUGCUCCGUCAACUACCGCUCCGGUUGCAGCGAAGUCAGCUCCUUCUACACAGAGGAUGGGUCCGCCUGCCACAAAGCCUACUCAUGCCGCACCGCCCCGACCAGCAUCAUCUCUGUCGACUAAGUCUGGAGCAUCUUACAAGACAGCUCCCAAACCAGCGCCUCGCGUCGCGAGGCCACCUGUACAAAAGCCGGCAGAGAAACCCAUUGAGAAGCCAAAGGCAGUUCCGGCUACGACGCGUGCAGACCUCGCAUCUGCCCGCCCGGUUGCGCGCAUGCAAACAAUUCAGGACGCCAACCGCAUUCAAGUCCCCGUUCCCCCGGUUAAUCCAGCUAAGCCUGCGAAGCGACCAUUCGAGCAAGACGAGUCUACGCUCCAGCGGCCCCCUAAGCGUCCUUCGACUCAGGCAAAGCUGAACCCUAUCACGCCCGCGCAUCCGAACUCGCAGUUCGCAAAGGGCAAGAUUCCAUUUGCCGAGCCCUCUCAGUCAGCGAAGACUCCACAGCCACAAUAUCCCAAUGGCGAUGACAUCAAGCUGCCAGACAUCUUGACCGACUCUGAAGACGAGGACUCGGACAACGACUUCGAGCAGCCCAGCUGGGUGAAUACGCCAAAUCUACGAGAGUUGUUGACGCAGCAACAACUGGUCGACCCGGAACAGGUGUUCGGUCCGAUUGCGCCUCUUAACAUGGAGCAAGUUUUUCCGAACAAGGAGAGGCAUAAGCGUUUCCGGGAGCGCACAAGCAGUGCCUACUGGGCCAACGACCAGGUCACUGAAGAAGAGAGGCGAAAAGACCGGGAGGCGAAGGAGAGGCUCUUCCGUGAGGGUGCUUGGACUUACAAUCCAAGCCCGCGACCGACACCCCAGCCCAACCGUGGCCCGUAG